AUGGCGGAGCCUACAAAAACAUCUUCUGAGACAACAAAAGACGAGACAGCCAAGAAGUUGGUCGAUUCGAAAGUAGACGACAAGGAAGAUACAGCUAAAAAAGAAAGAAAAUUAAAAUGGAAAAAGGCAAGAGAGGCUAUUCCACUCAAGGUUGAAGUGGCAUGGCUUGAUUUCAAUCACUUCAAGAAUCGGUAUACCGAACAAGAAGGCCAUGCAAUAAUUGAAGUCCUACGUGGGCACCACGCCUUGGAGCGGGAAAUCCGGCAGGAAGUUUGGGAACGGAAUGAGAACGAAAGAGAGGAGAACGGUCAGCGUUCGAAAGUCAAGCCAUAUGAACUUAGAGACGAGGAGGAGACAUGGGCACAUCGCGUGCGAAUUCAAUCUCCCGAGCUUCUUUUGUUACUCUCAAGACUCACUGGGCAUGGUGACAGUUGGGAGAGUGCAGGACCGCGCGUGUUCUACCGGCCCUUCGCGACUUUCUACCAUACGUUGUCCCAAGUGAGAGAAUGUUUGAAAAUCUUGGAGGACAGGUGGUCGGGAUAUGAUACACUUAAUACCGAUGGGGCUACUAUGACUGGACUAAGGAUUCCCACGAGGAGAAACAGGGACGAAGCAAAUGAUAGCCAGACAUUGGAUAUGAAAACCCCCGCGGAGGCAACGACUGGAUUUAUCGUCAACUCCGUCACUGGGCUUCGCCAUGUUCGCAAGUAUGUGGAGUUUAUAGAGGAGAGCCUUAGUCCUUUAUGGACACGUGCAGCCGGAAGUAAUCAGCGACAAGUUCAGUUCGCGAACCUGUGGAUGUCCUUCCAGAUUGGGGAACUGCUCUACAUCCCAUCAACAUCAGAGAAUACGACAGCAAAAGCCCAGUCCAAGGCAAUAAAUAUGCCCCAAAAAAUCUGGCGAGUCUAUAUAAUCGAAAAAACAGACCAUGAAGCUGGUCCUUUGAGCGAUGUGGGCGAACGGUCCGAUCAAGGACUGUUUUUGUGGUGCUAUUUCAUCGACUUUAAUGGGAAGUCAUACACGCCAUAUCUCGACAAUAUAUACAUACCCAUGUUUUCUGGUGUGAAAGACAUUACCACACUUCGUGCAUAUCCACUACGCUUUCAUAAGAACAAGGAUCUGAUCUUGAAGACUCAACAAAAGCUUGGAGAAUCUUUUGCGAAUGUGCUCAACUUCCGGUAUCUCUAUUACGACGGAUGGACGUUGGUGCAUGAUCCUGCCGAAAAGACUGAUUCUGGUGCCGAGAGUAAUGGCGAAUACAUCGACAGUCAUGUCAUGAUUGACUUCGCUCAAGGUCACAAGACAAACAGUGAACUCGCUGCAAAAUCGGAAUUCACCAUGACAGAAUGGGAUAAUUCCUACUGGAAAGAGUCUGAGGAUACUUCAUUGCCGAUAAAACACUGGGAUGGGGAAGCGACGUCCGAAGUGAUGGCAGAAGUGACUGAAAUCGCGCAGAUAGAAGAGCACCUGUCUUUGAUGCUUUGCACACGGCAAAUAGAGAAAAGCGAAUCUUUGCAUGCUUUGAUCACAGAAACGUCAACCAAGGUAGACCCGGAAGAUUACGUUUUGCUUCCUCGUCGUGUGAUCGGUUAUGCGUUUCGAGACCGAAAGUUCGUUCGGCUGAAUGUGGAAUUACUGAGACCAAUCGUAAAAUCGGAGCAUGUCUUCAGAGAUCUCAAAAUUGAUCAGGAACACAAGCGAAUGAUACGAGCUCUGAUCAAGGCACACUUUCAGGAUGAAAGGCCGAGCCUAGACUUGAUUCAGGGUAAAGGAUCUGGCCUGGUUAUUUUAUUGCAUGGACCUCCAGGAGUGGGCAAAACAGCAACCGCAGAGGCAGUUGCCCAGGCAAACAAUAAGCCUCUGUUUGUGAUCACAUGCGGCCAUCUUGGAUUUGAACCUGCUGAGGUGGAAGAAAACCUCAGGGAAAUUUUCCGACUUGCGCAUAUUUGGGACUGUGUCCUCCUACUGGACGAGGCUGACGUUUUCUUGGCUCGUCGGGACUUGAGUGAUCUGAAGAGAAACGCCCUCGUCUCUGUCUUUCUUCGGGUUCUAGAGUACUACAGCGGCGUCUUGUUUUUGACAACAAACCGAGUUGGAAUUCUUGAUGAAGCCUUCAAGUCUCGAAUCCACAUCAGCUUACACUACUCUGCUCUCACCAAAGAACAGACUCUCGCAAUAUUUGAAACCAACAUUCGCAAGUUGCGGGAAGCCCAAGAGAAGAAGCUACAGCAAUCUACCGAGUCAGAUACUGGACGGCGGCCAGGGUUAAAAAUUGACCAGGAGAGUAUCCUCGACUAUGCGGAGUGGCAUUAUGAGAAUAUGCCAGACCACCGCUGGAAUGGAAGGCAAAUUCGCAAUGCCUUCCAAACUGCUAACUCCUUUGCGCAGUUUGAUAUGUGGAAUAGCUCAGUGGACGCCUGGCAGAAUACUCCAGAUGAAAAGGAUAUCGAUCAACUUGAGCGGAAGAGUGGUGACACAGUAGACCCAGUGCUUGACUGGCGGCACUUCCAGCUAGUAGCCAAUACGGUCAAGCGAUUUGAUCAGUACCUAACUGAAGCGAUUGGCGAAUCGGAAGCCGAGGCAGCUUCUAGCUGGGGCUUACGUGCCGACGAGCAUGACCCUAGCCAUUUGAAUGAAAGUCCAAUGUAUCGUCCUCGAUCGCGUAGGUUUGAGCGCCAUGAAUACGUGCAUAAUUCACGUGGCUCAGCACAUCGCAGGGGAACGGGGCGAACCAGUUCACUGAGAAAUGAAGGGGCACGAUAUGGCAACCCAUUAUCGACACCGUCGCCUGUACGCUCGGUUGGCCGUGAGCAUGGUCGCCAAGGUACACUCCGACGGGGUGCACCAGGACCCUCUCGCUCUUUUACCCCUGGCAGAACCUACGAUUCGUCAACCGGUCUCAUGGGUCAGGAAGAGUCGAGAUGGAAAGGGCAGUCGCAUCGUGGGGAGGGCUAUAGCACUAGGGACCAUAACUUUCGCGGAGAAAAUGAUGAAGAUGAUCCCGAUGAGUAUGGCUUUGAUGAGGGGUUAAUGGAAAGCGUUGAGAAUUAUUAA